ACGAGAAGAAAUGUUUUUAUCAGUUUGGUGUAGCGGUAGCGGUGUUGGUUGAUAUUAUUUAUAUUUUUCAUAAAUUUACAACUCGACAAAACAGAAAUUUCAAAUUUGAAAGAAUUAUUCAAUUGAAUUCCAAGUUUUAAGAAACCUAAUAGUUAAAAUUCAUCUUCUCAAACAUUUGCUUCUUCUUUUUUUUUACCGUGAAGAUUUCAACAAAUAAGUCGAACAUUUCUUUCUGAUAGCUGAAAUAAUCCAAGAUGUUUUUUCACUACGCAAUUCUAUUGUCAAGUUUCGGAUAUCAGUUUUGUCACGGUUAUUUUGUAACUGUUGAUGCUCAUGCUGAAGAAUGUUUCUUUGAUAAAGUAGAUAUGGGUACAAAAUUAGGAUUAACAUUUGAAAUAUCGGAAGGCGGAUUUCUUGACAUCGACGUGAAAAUCGUUGGCCCUGAUAAUAGAAUGAUCUAUCAAGGAAAUCGAGAGACAAGUGGAAAAUAUACAUUUGCUGCUCAUAUGCCAGGAAUGUAUACAUAUUGUUUUAGUAAUAAAAUGUCAACGAUGACUCCCAAAGUCGUUAUGUUUAAUAUGGAAAUUGGCGAACCUGCAGCUGCCGAAAAAAAAGAAGGAGAAACAGUAGAAGCAGAUCCUAAUAACUUGGACGAAAUGAUCAAACAGUUAGCUAAUAGUUUGAGAACCGUGAAACACGAACAAGAGUAUAUGAGUGUCAGGGAUCGUAUUCAUAGAAAUAUUAAUGAAUCCACUAAUUCCAGAGUUGUUGUUUGGGCCGGUUUUGAGGCUCUUGUCUUAGCAGUUAUGGUUUUCGGUCAAGUGAUGUAUCUUAAGAGAUUUUUCGAAGUGAGAAGGGUUGUAUAAAAAAAGUUGAAUUCUUUUUGUAUCUUCUGUUUUCCUUUUUUCGAUGAUUGUAAUUUACCUCAGAAUUGUCGUGUUUUAUGGAAAUAUUUCUAUUGAAUGAAAGCAUCGAAUGAAACUGCUGAAAUGUAUCAUAUGUAUAUAUAAAAAUGGAAAGAUUCGAAUGUAAUUAUUGUAAUUGAAUAUUUUAGAUGGUUCCUGUAAAUUAUUGCUCAAUGUAAUUAUGUAUUUCACGCUGGAAAAUCUUUCUUAAUAGAAUAUAUUUUUUCAGUUAUAUUGUAAAAGAAUUGCGUUGUGCGUAGUAUGCGUAUGCAUAUUCGACAGAAACUUGUGUCUACGUACAUAAUUCCAUUUAAAAGGUGAUGUUCUUACACUCCUGAAUAAAUUUGAUGUUGUUUUAACCCUUGUUGAUCCUUACGAGUUUACGACCAUUGUGCAUUGUGAAAUGUAUUGUUGUCAAUUGUCAUAAAUUAGUAGUUUUUUUUAUAACUUAAUGUUUCAUAAAAAGUAUUUAUUUGAUGCAA